AUGGCAGGGAAUCUGGAACAAACGCCGCGGUCCGUUGAGAGGCCUAAGAUCCAUUUCUCCACUGAUGGCUGGAUCAACGAUCCAUGUGCUCCAGGCUACGACCCAAGGACAAAAACAUACCAUCUCUUCUACCAAUGCAACCCAGCAGGAUGCACAUGGGGGAACAUGUCCUGGGGCCACGUAGUGUCUAAGGACAUGCUGAUAUGGUCGCCGGCCUCGACUUCGCCAAUCCUCCUCCCAGACCAAAUUUACGACUCUCAAGGCGUGUUUACCGGUUGUUGGAUUCCUUCCACUGAGGACGCCCGUGACAAGACGUUGAGGAUCGCUUACUCUUCUGUAAAGCACCUCCCCUUCCAUUGGAGCACACCACCAUACCCACGAGACGCAGCUGGCCUAGCAAUAGCGACAUCUUGUGAUGGGGGAAUUACAUGGGAAAAGUCUCCCCGUAACCCAAUAUUGGCGGGGGAGCCAUAUGGCCUGCAAGUCACCGGGUUCCGUGAUCCUUACGUGGCGCAAUUGCCGGCCAUCAGCGAGGCUCUGGGGACGGGUGUCACAACUUCUUAUGGGCUGAUCUCUGGUGGCAUCCAAGACUUAGGGCCCACCACGUUCUUAUACGAGAUUGAAGAUAAUGCCGAAAAGUGGAAGUAUCUGAGCCCUUUGGUCGACGUACCAGCCAGGUUCCAGCCGUCAAAGAAGUGGUGUGGUAACUAUGGCGUCAACUGGGAGUGCACCAACGUCGUCACGCUGCACGCAGACUCUGAAAGCCGCAAUUUUCUGAUUAUUGGAGCCGAGGGCGAUGUUGAAAAGGCCCACGUGAAGAAUUUUGAUCAAUCCGCAGGAGUUCCCUCGCGUACUGUGAGGGCUCAGUUGUGGAUGUCGGGCGAUCUCACUCGGACUGACGACGGGGCCAGGUUCCGAUACGAGCGUGGGGGCUACCUCGACCACGGGACGUACUACGCUGCGAAUUCGUUCUUGGACCCCGUCUCAAAUCGCCGUAUUGUGUAUGGCUGGAUCCCUGAGGAAGACAUACCUUUGGAAGCUGCGAAGCGGAAGGGUUGGAACGGCUCUCUUGCCAUUCCCCGUGAGAUCUUUCUUCUUCGGAUACCGAAUGUGGAGAAGGCCCUGCACAGCAAGCUUUCAGAUAUAUACCCAUUCGAAAUCAGGAUCCAACCGGAUGGUUCUACGACCAUUUUCACUCUUGGAGUGAGGCCCAUCGACGAGAUGGCCCGACUCCGAGAAGCGAGUAGCCGGGUGCUCAAGCUGGAACCGGCAGUGAUGUUACCUGAUACAAGUGGUCUGGCACAUCGGGCAAUCUGCCAGACAAAGUCGGCAAGUUGGGAGCUCGAGGCAACCAUUUCAAUACAUCCUGGGUGCGAAACUGUGGGCUUCCAUCUCCGCCACAACAACGAUUUGUCAAUCCGUGUAUCCGUUACCUUCUGUACUGUCACCGAAACCAUCAUCGUCGACCGCGAGGCUUCCACACCUGAUACGACAAUCAACAAAUGCCCAGAUGCCGGGCCCUUUACUCUACUGAUGAAAAAAGAGACUGAUGAGAACCGCGAGCUGGCAAUGGAGAAGCUGCAACUACGCGUGUUUUCUGACGGAGACAUUCUGGAGAUCUUCGCGAAUGAUCGAUUCGCUUUGGCUACUAUGGUGUAUUCGACAAGUUACAGUCAAGAUAGCAGCGGGAUUACUGCAUUUGCAACCGGCGGCAUAGGUAGUGCCGUGUUUGAAAGAGUAACAGUUUGGGAUGGGCUAGAUGCCAGGAAUUUACCCGCCAGAGUUGACUCCCUCUCCGGUCAGAGAGACCCUUCGUGUCCUCCAUAG